AUGCCAACUGCGAGACACGCCAGAACAAUCGACCUAGGGAAAAAACUGUCAUCCUUCUUGACAGCUCCCCCCAUCCAUAAUAUAAAAGUGAUGGAUGAACUCACAACUUCUGAACUCAACCGCUUGAUACUCCAUGAGCCUGCGUUUACCAACAAAGACGAGCUCAGCCAUACCUUAUCUCUUAUAUUCCAGUCAUGCACCGUUGAAGUCCCCAAAGCGGAGGAUCUUGUGGUUCCGUUAAGCAAGAUACCCCCCGACAGUCAGCUCGAUGAUCUGGAAGCUUUUUCUCUGGCUCCAGAUGGAGCUCCCAUGGUGCCGCUAUAUAACACUCAAAAGCGUCGAUGGAAUUGGCCCCUUCCAACAAUGCAUGGACAGGGACGAACUACGAAAAAAAGUGAGCGAGGAGGAACUGAGAGUGGCACAAAAGAGAAGUCGGGAGAAUGGGUGUUGAUCGAUGAAACGAACAAAACCGAGUUACUAGCCUCUGGGGGGCUGGAUGCACCGCUGGCAUCUACAAGUGAAGCUACCGAGAGCAUGCUGCCAUUCGCUGAUGCAGACCUUUUGACGGAUGAAGGAUCGAAGUCAGACGACGGGGAGGACAGGGACUUGGACUGCCUGUCUUCCUCAGCUGUAGCCUCGGAGGGUCCAUUAACGACAGAACGCAUCUUCUCAUCAUUCUUCAAUGUUGUUUCUACGGCCCUCCUUGCAUUGCAGCCUGAUCUUGCUCAUACACGCAACUUAUCACGCACCUGGAGUGCGGCAAAUUCAUCACGCCCAGUACCUGGUGAAGAAAUCCCGCGCAAACCAGAUCUUACCCUACUAGACGAUGUUGAAGCUAGGUGGGAUACGAUCAAAGCGGUAUGCGAGUUGACAUCCAGCGCAUACAAACCUUCGAGCACCCUUGUGAAGACUCUCGAUACCAAAGCAUACCUUCUUCUAAAGCACCAACCCUGGAGACGGUUUGCGCUGCUGAUAUCCUUGUGCAAUGGGUAUCGCGAUCUUCGUGUCCACCUGUACGACCAUUCCGGAGGUGUCGUAAGCCCUUGCACUAACAUCAAUCAAGAACCAGACAGAUACUUGUAUAUCUUGUCAUGCGUUGUAUUUGGUAAUCUUGAGUGCAUCGGAUACGACACCACAAUCAGCAUAUUCGCGCAUACACUUCCGCAGACUCUCAAAACACAUUCUACUUGCCUCCUGCAGAACGAAGGUUCAUCCCAGGACGUCGCACCAACUCACUCCCUGGGCCAGAUCAAGAGCACAUCCCCCCCCCAGUUCGAGAGUACAUCUUCACUUGCUAGUACCACUCCUCAGAUUGACUUGGAGACAGAACCUACCGAGGAUAACGCCGAUGAAGAUGACGGUAGCUUCCCAGUGGAACUCCCAAUAGAGAUCCCUCAGGAUCCUCUUCUGUCAUAUACCAUAUAUCCGGUUACAGAUCCGAUGAUCUGGAUCUCAGAUCUGAUCCAGAUCCGAUGA